AUGACCAACACUUGGGAAGUUUACAGUUCUCUUAACACUCCUCGCAGAGGUGCUGGAGCUGACAUCAUCAAUGGAAAAAUUGGCGGCAAUGACGGCAUGCAGUCUCUGCGCUCCACUGAAAUUUAUGACACCGAAAAUGACUGCUGGUAUCUGGGGCCUCAACUUGGCAUCGAACGAGUCAGUGUGGCUUCUCUCGGAAAUAAACUCUUUGCUGUCGGUGGUUUCAGUGGCAAAAGGUUCCUCGACUCUCUGGAAUAUUUUGAUGACACCACCGAAGAAUGGUGCUGCUAUUCGUCUGUCGAUGACAUCUGGCAGAGUCCUGCAGGUUCCACCCAAGCAACAAACGGAAUGUGCAACGAAUUAGUUGAACCUCGGAAGAAAAUUGGCAAAAAGAGUGGUGCAAAGGUUUUUCCCAGCAGUACAAGUGACCAACACAACCGCGGAAUAUUCUUGAAUGGGGUCGGGGUCAGAAAGACACGGGUGUGA